GAGGAUUCAAGUGUCUAGCCUUCGCUCGCAUCAGACAGGAAUCAUGUUCGCUCUCGCCGUCCUCGCUGUCGCUGUCGUUUCCCAGGCUUCGGCCGGAGCCCUCUAUGGAGGAUACUACGCCCCUGCUCCCUACCACUAUGCCUCCGCAGCCUACGCUGCUCCCGUUGCCUACUCUUCACCUGUCGCAUACGCUGCACCGAUCGUUAAGGCUGCUCCCAUCGCCUACGCUGCUCCCAUCGUGAAAGCUCCUCUCGCUACCUCCUACACCACGUUCACGAAGACCGUGCAUGCUCCCACUGUCUAUGCUGCUCCCAUUGUGAAGGCCGCACCCGUUCUCGCCGCCGCUCCCAUCGUUAAGGCUGCCGCUCCCAUUGCCUACGGUUACUCGGCUCCCCUCUCGUACGGAUAUGCUCCCGGCUAUUACGGCCACGGAUACGGAGCCGCCUACGUUCCCCUGAUCAAGAAGAAGUAGAUUCAGUCUAUUCUUCCCCUGUAAAAAUCAUAGCCAUCAAUAAACACAAAUCAAGGAAGUGAUCGA